CUUGCCAAAAUGAGGAACACAAAAGGAAAGAGGAGAGGUACUCAGUAUAUGUCCUCUAGGCCUUUUAGGAAACAUGGAGUUGUUCCUUUGGCCACAUACAUGCAAAUCUACAAGAAGGGUGAUAUUGUAGACAUCAAGGGAAUGGGCACUGUUCAAAAAGGAAUACCCCACAAGUGUUACCAUGGCAAAACCGGAAGAGUCUACAAUGUCACCCAGCAUGCCGUGGGCGUCAUGGUAAACAAGCAAGUUAAAGGCAAGAUUCUGGCCAAGAGGAUCAAUGUGCGGACUGAGCACAUCAAGCACUCGAAGAGCAGAGACAGCUUCCUGAAGCGUGUGAAGGACAACGAUCAGAAGAAAAAGGAAGCCAAAGAGAAGGGCACCUGGGUUCAGCUGAAGCGCCAGCCUGCGCCACCCAGAGAAGCCCACUUUGUGAGGACUAAUGGAAAGGAGCCUGAGCUGCUGGAGCCCAUGCCAUACGAAUUCAUGGCCUAAUGUACAAAAAGGAAAUAAAGGACCCGGACUGCAAAUAUAUAUAUGUAAAAGUCUCCAAUUAAAAAAAUUUAAAAAAAGUAAAUGCAAAAAAAGGGGAAGGAAGAAAGGAAGGAAGGAAGGAAGGAAGGAAGGAAGGAAGGAAAAACCCAGGUCCAAAUAUGUAAGCAGACAUUCAAAAGAAUAUGUGAUACAGUAAUGUUUACAAUCAUAAAUAAUUAGGAAUAGUGAGAAUCUAGAAAACAGAUCAAUUGGGGCACAGUUAUUAUUGGGGUGCUCCAGCAAGCGGACAAAGAACUUGUUUUGUUUUACCUUAUCCAAGAGAGAUGGAUAGGAAACUGGGCAUUGGUUUCUACCUCUUUAAAAGGAUUUUAUCUAGGAGCUGGGUGACCCUGGGAGGUGGAGAAUUGGUGCUCUGUUCUCUGUACCCAUAAACUGCGGCUAACAAAGGUCUGUUACUCCCAGGACUUCAGAAGGCCAUAAUGCCUCUGUUUUCUACAAGCACGUCUCUUAUAUACAGACCUACGUGCAUAAACAUAAUUAAAAGUGAUGAAAAUAAAAAAAUUUACUUAAAUUGUUAUUUAUCUAACCAUUUAACUUAGAGCAUUAAAACUAUAAUUUGUUAUUAAAUAAAAUAUACAGUAAAGGAAGAAGAAAGGCCUUGUCAUUUAAUAAAACUAUGAAAUGUAAUAUGAAAUGGUAUGUGAAGAAAUUUGACAGGAAGUUAAAAGAUAUCAGUAGUUAUUACAUAAUAAUAGGCUGAGUUUUCUUUUAGAAACAUGGGUUAAAAUGUUUAGUAAAAGAGGAAACAACCAAAAUUCAUCAUAGGAGCUGUUUGUAAGUGCUGCAGCUUAAACAACAGCAAGAAGGAAAAAGUGGGGAAGAACGACUUGGUAAAUUUUAACAGGAAAUUGUAAACGUAUUUGUAGGAAUAAGAAGAAAAGUGUAAUCCAAAUCACAGCGUGGAAAGAUAUCGGUAUGCAUUGUUGAUACUUGUGUAAGAAGAUGAAAUCCUAAGAAUAAAAGCCAAAAACUGUCAGGGCGAGGUGUGGUGCUGAACACCUUUAAUCCCAGCACUCAGGAGCUGAGGCGGGCAGAUCUCAGAGUUUGAGGCCAGCCUGGUCUACAGAGUGAGUUUCAGGUCAAUUGGGGAUAUGUAGAGAGAACUUACAUCAAAACAAACAAACAAACAAACAAACAAACAAACAAACAAACAAACAAGCAAAUAACUUUCUGCUCAGAAUUUUAAAAAGGCAAAAACUGUUAAAAAACCAGAAGUGUAAAGCAAGAUUCCUAGGUAUUUUAGAUUAAGGUGAUUAAUACUUUUUUUUAAAAAAAUGUAAAGGAUUAAGGAUCUGAUUACAUACGUUUACAUUGUAAAUUCUGGCCCAAAGAGAAUUAAAGCAGAGAGAGUAAAGCAAAUGCUUCAGGCAGCAGUGAGUAGUAAAAAUGCUGACUAUGUGUAAACAUCGAGUGUUGAAACUUCAGCAUAAUUGUGAUACUAAAGCGAAGCAUGGGUGGCACAGACAGAUAAAGGUAAACAGACGUAGAAGUGCUGAAAAAGGUUAGCACACUGAAUUAACUAAUGUCAUACGAGAAUGAUGUGAAGGGAUUAAAAGGAAAUAGCAAAAACUCUUGAAAUAAUCAUCUGGAUUAAUAGUUAAAGGAAAGAAAAUCGUCUUACUAGAUCGAUGUCAGAAUGCCCAUUGACUUAAAUCUUUGAAGGUUCGUAAAUAUUUUAAAGUGUGCCAAGUAAAGAAAGGUAGAUUAUCCUGUAACUUUUGUUAUUUUCCCGAGCCUUUACAGCACGUUGCUUACCCCUAGGUCAAUAAGAAUUUUGUUCAUUCAGUGUGAGAAGUAAGCUCUGUCCCUUCCUUUUCAUCUUCCGUGGAUCACUGGCAAGGUUGGCGGAAGUGUGCUAUCACAGUUGCAAAAACAAAAACAUCAAACAGAUUUUGUAACAGGUGCAAGUUAUUUUCUUUUAAAUGUAUAACUCAACCCAUAGGAGAGAUGUUCCUGCACUAACCAGUGCACCAUAGCCUCCCAACGACAAGCUGUCAACUACUUCUGUCCACGUGGUCAACAGGAGAAUGAGAAGAUUGGCCCGAUUCCAGUAAUGCAUGAACUAUGCUGCCAAAUACGCAGCCAUUGCGCAAAUGGGGCUGCCGAGUGCUUGGAAUGAAGUUAGCAUAAUUAAGGAACAGGAACUUGAAUUAUUUUUAACUACCUAUAAAUUGACUGUAAAAAAAAAAAAGUAAGUGUAUUGGGGACAGGUUGAAUGUGCAGGUCUACUUUUUCAACUGCCCUGCUUUUCAUAACUCUUUAACAGACAAUAAAGUCUAAUUUUAUAAA